UCUUGCUUUCCACGCUGUAGCUUUCCCGCCUUUCUUGGCUGUUUUUCUUGUUUUUUCCUGGUUUUGACCACCUGCCUGGUCUUAGAUUGAGCCUCCUGCCUGCUCAUUUCGCCUUUUGCCUGGUUCAUCUUCCUGCCUGUUACCCAACACGGCCCACCGCCUACUUUUUUCCCUUGCCUCCUCCUUUCUGACGAGCCUUGAUGAAGAUGAACUGUUCUGAACUUUUACCGAUGUCUCUGAGUCCUGAGUCUUGCUAUUGAGUCCUUCUCAACCUGAGCCGUCACAGUACAAUGUGAACAGUAUGGACUCAACCUCAGCUGCGAGCUCUUUGGGACCAGGAACUGAGUUGACCAACGCCAUUCGUCGCCAUGAACAUCAGUUCACAUCGGUAGCUAUUGGACUGCAUGAGGCUUCCUUCCAUGAGUGCAUCCUGGGCUCCAUUAACGAGCUGAUCCAGUCCCUCACUGUCCAAACCCAACCACUUCCUGCAGUGUCUCCAGUUCCUGCUCUGGCGGUUUCCACCUCCAAACCCUGCCUAUAACCACCUGAAUGCUACUCCAGGGAGCCAGGAGCCUGCAAACCUUUCAAACUCCAGCCUUCCUCUGUCCCCAUCAAAAAAGCCAGAACCACUUACACCAUCUCCUUUCUUACCGGCCUAGCGAGACUCUGGGGAACAGCAGAGCGGGAGAGGCAGUCUCCUAUCUAUUCAUAGGUCAAAUUGUUCACGUCUGAGCUGAGGAAGGUGCUCACCAUACUGCCCCCAGGACGGAUGCUGUGGGGGGUCUGCUGAAUUUGAGCCAGGGAGGUAGACAAGUAGUGGACUAAUCCAUUGAGUUCCAGACUGUAGCAGCUGAAAGUCAGUGGAACCAACUUGCCUUGUGUGACGUCCAUUGUGACUAUUUUGUGACUUUUUUGUUGAUUGUAACUGUUCUCUACAACAAACACACGCAAGUUUUUCUGACCAGAUGCCUCCAUCAGCAGGACAACAUCGUAUGUCUGUUUCCUCCAAACCGGUUAUAAAUCCGUUUUAUGGAGACUGUCCUCCCAUAAACAAGCAGCCCAUAUGUCGUUGCUGCAAACAGCUUAUUAUCACCCAUGUUUACCUUUCAUUGUUGAGUGAUAUCUUACAGUCGAGUGAGAAACCGUCAGUUUUUCUGGCAAAUAUCCCAAAACCACAAGUUUACGUUAAACUGAUGAAGCCAUCUCGUGGCUGCAGGAAGUAUAAUGGUAUUAAAGGAGGAAGUCAGGUGACGAUGUUAUAGAUCCACAAACUUCACGGGGGAGGAGGUUGUGGAUGAAUGAAUGGGUUGACAACACAUUGGACUUUAACACGGGAGACCGCUGUUUGUUUACGAUUUCAAACCGAUAAUUAAUGCUGUUUCUCUUAACCAUGACCAUGAGCGUUCAAUUACCUUAACCACUUGUUGUUGAACACUGUUUAAGUCGAUCUGUGGCAUCUCUCCUGCCGCUGUAGGGACGCUAAUUCAUGAAACACUCCCAGGGGUCGUAUCAGAGACUAGGGACAAAGGACUCAGCUAUAUACAGCUAUACAGCUAUAAUCACCUUAAGGUCAGGGAACCAUCGUUGUGAUACUUUAAAACAAAUCAAAAGUGACUCCCUGUUGGAGAUGGGACAUGAACAGCUAUAUCCUGUGAUAAAGUCCAAUGUUUUAUUGCCCAAUGAAUUGUUGAUGAAUUGUCAUAACUUUGGUGUAGCGUUUAAUCCCGGGAAACCGAAUUCCCUGGAAUCCACUUCCAACCUAUUUCAAUAGCGGAAAACUUGGAAAAAAAUAUUCAUUAAGUGUAAACCAAAUAAGCUGAUAGUAACAGAAUAUUUCGUAUCCCUAUUCCCUACUGAAAUACGUGAUUCCUUUACGUAAAUCCUUUACAUCCUCCCACAGCGAUGCAUUGCUGUAGCCGUCAGAGGGCACUGAUCCACAACUCAGUUAACCAACUUAGUUAGCCUACGACAUGAUGUCUAACAACAGCUUUGUGUGGAAACACUUUAAGAGAGUUAACAAUGAAGAUGCAAAGCGUGUGCUCUGUGAACGAGUGAUCAAAUGUGCCGGAGGUUCAACAAGUGGUUUGUGGAGACAUUUGGAAUCUGAGCAUGAGAAAACUGAAAGUGAAAGUCCACCAAAGAAUGCAAGAACAUUGGGUUCAUAGCUUAUACAAAACACUUCCCACCGCGAAAUACUGGCAGAGAUGGCAGCAUAUUAGGGAUUUACAUUCAAAAGUGUGGUGAAAUGCGCCUAUCUCAGAACAGCACUGAAGAAAGACGUUCAUGAUCUCCUGACGAAUCCAUCCAAGACCUCACAACAAGUGACAAAGAUAAGCUGAGAAGUUACUAGACUUGGUGAAGUGUGGUGCAGGCUUCUCUUAUUACUGAUGUGAUGCCCCCUCCCACUCUGUUUGGGGCUUCUCCUAUGUGUGCUUUUCCUGUUCUUGUAGGAUGCAGGCAGAGUGGCAGAGGUGCGUCCAGACGAAUGAUGAGCCACACCUGAAGCAACUCCUCCUGAUUGCUAGCUUAUAUAAGAGGGCUGGAUAUGACAGUUCUCUCUCUCUCCUCCCAGCAGACAGUAGUUUAGGUUUUCAUUACUAUUUUACUUUAUCCUUUGCCUACACUAGACGUUCACACGUUCAAGCACUCAUCUCACUACUGAUAAAAUGGACUCGCAUUGGAGGUCGAUUUUUGAGCUUUCCUGUUCACAGAAAAAGAUCCUGACCUGUUGUUUUCUUUGUUUGAGCGGGUGGCAGAGUCCCGGGACUGGUCUGAUGAGCAUCGCAGCUUAUUGUUGUAAUGCGUCCUCACAGCUGUUUUCACAGGUUUUGCAGCAGCUUCAGAUGAAACACAAGCAGGCGUCGGCUGAUCAUCCCUUGGUUGCUGUUGGCUGCGAGAGAGUUAGUCCAGGCAGCGAUAAUGCCGCCGGUGUUAACCAAGUCCAGCGCCAACUACGAUAACGACUACGACACGGUCCAGCCCUUAUUCUUCCUGGAUGGCGAGGAGGAGGACUUCUACCCUCCUCCGCGGAGCCAGCUCCUCCCAGGGCCCAGUGAGGACAUCUGGAAGAAGUUCGAGCUGCUGCCAACACCUCCCCUGUCCCCCAGUCGGAGACCCUCCCUGUCUGAUGUCCCGCUGUCCGCCGCAGACCACCUGGAGGCAGUGUCCGACCUGCUGGACGAGGACUGCAAUCCCUCCGCGGCCUACCUCCAGUCCUUCAUCAUCCAGGACUGCAUGUGGAGCAGCAGCUUUGCCGCCACCACCAAGCUGGAGAAGGUUGUGUCUGAGAGGCUGGCCUUGCUCCGGUCCCGCCGAGACUCCCUCACUACCACCGCCGCCACCACCACCAACAACACUAACAGCAUCCCAGACAGAGCAGCUGAUCAGCAGGUGGACAGGUCUCAGGUGACCACCGGGUACCUGCAGGACCUCCACACAGACUGUAUCGACCCCUCUGUGGUGUUUCCAUACACCAGCCUGAGCGAGAAGAGCGACGGUGGAGCAGCGAUGGGGGUGGGAUCGGAACUGUGUCUGGACUCGCCGCCGCUCAGCAGCAGCGACAGUGAAUCAGAAGAAGAAGAGGGGCCUGAGGAGGAGGAGGAUGAAGAGAUCGAUGUGGUGACAGUGGACAGGCGAAAGGCGUCACAGCGGUCGGACGCCUCCCCGCUGGUGCUGAAACGCUCUCACAUCAACAUCCACCAGCACAACUACGCCGCCCCGCAGCCCGCGGCGCCCUGCAAACAGCCGGCCGUGAAACGGGCGAAGUCGGAGAUCGCCUGCUUGGCGCUGAGGCAGAGCGGCGGCCGCAGGUGCUGGAGUCCACGGUCGGACGGAGAGGACACCGACGACAAACGCAGGACUCACAACGUGCUGGAGAGGCAGCGACGGAACGAGCUGAAGAUGAGCUUCUUGGCUCUGAGGGACGAGAUCCCGGCGGUGGCCAACAAUGACAAAGCGGCCAAGGUGGUGAUCCUGAAGAAGGCCACAGAGUUCAUCGUGGAGAUCCGAGAGGACGAGAGGAGGCUGCUGACGAUGAAGGACGAGCUGAGGAAGAGGAGCAGAGAGCUGAAACACAGACUGGAGCAGCUCAGGACUUUACAUUAACUGUCAAUUGGUUUUCGUGUUAGUUUCUUUUUAUUUUAUUCAUAUUUGUUAGUCACAUUUACACGUCUGAGACUGAACUCAGAAUAUUGGGGCUGCAGCUAACGUCUUUUCGGAAUGAUUGUUAAUUAGUGGUUUAUUAAGUAUCAAAAAAGGAAGAAAAAAAAAGACUAAAGUAACCUGAACGCAGCAGUCAGCGGUGUGCUUGGCUGAGGCACUACAUGGACCAUAAUCCACUGACUGGUGCACUGGCAGCUGGUCUGUAAUCAGUCAAACUGUGUCUGUUUGUUUGUAUUUUAUUUUUAUAGACAACUUCUGCACAUUUUAAUUUAUGAUAGUUGUGUUUUUUAAGUUUUGUAUAAAAAAUUCCAAUAUCUGAUCAGGAAGAACACAUUUAAAUGCAGCAUCUGACUCAAAGUGCCAUAACUUUAACUACCAGCUGAUGAUGAUCAAUGAUUGAAUAUAUUUUCAGUUUAUUUAAUCAAUAGUUGCUUCCUAAAGAGUGGAAAUUUUUUAUUGUAUUUUUGAAUUGAUUUCCUUCAUUUUUCAAAUAGUUUAUAUUUUUAUAUUUUUCUUCUUCAGUUGAUUCUUUAGAAAAUCAGCUGCACAAAAGGAAGCACAUCAGAAGCACUGCAGACUCUUCAAAAUAAAAGCCCUUCAUACAUUGGAGGUCCUGUCGAAGUUA